AUGGCCAGGUUAGAGAUUGAAAUUCAGAGCAGGAAAAUGUUGAAGCCCUCAAUUCCUACCCCGAAUCAUCUUCGGACCUUCAAAAUUUCAUGGUUCGAUCAGCUGGCCAAUCGUUUGUACGUACCAAUAUUCCUCCACUACUUGCCAAUCAGUAGUAGUGAAACAUCAUGUGACAAGCUUCAAAGAUCUUUGGUGGAGACGUUAAACAAGUUUUACCCUUUAGCUGGAAGAUUUAGAGAAAAUGAACUCUCAUUCCACUGCAAUGAUGAAGGUGUUGAUGCUUUCACUUUAGCAACAUUUGUCAAUGAAUGGGCACUCAUUUGCAAAACAGGAACAACAAAAGCUGGUUGUCUCUCAAGUUUCGGUCACUUGUCAUCUAUCUUUCCCACAAGAGUAGUGUUAUCUGAACCUCAAUUUAUUUCACUAGUACCACCUCCCAACACUUGUAAGAUAAUCACAAGGAGGUUUGUCUUUGAUGCUUUGGCAAUUGCAAACCUCAAAAAUACAAUUGAAGAUUCAACUGACAGGCGGCCUACUAGAGUGGUGGUUGUUAUGUCAUUAAUAUGGAAGGUUCUUGCAGGCAUUUCUUCAGCCAAAAAUGGACAUUCGUCUUUUUUAAUUGCUAUUAAUUUGAGGGGAAAAUCAAAUUUAGCACCUUUAAAACAUGCUCUAGGGAAUUUUACCAUGUCUGAAAUUGCUAAUCUAAAGGCAAGCCCGUCAAGAAAGGAUGAUGAGUUAAAUGAUUUUGUUAAGUUGGUAGGAAAUACAAUACGGGACACAAUUGUAGUGAUUGGUAAGGCAAGCGCUGAUGAUAUUUCCUCUUUAGUUGUUAAUAAUCAGAUAAAAUUAGUAGAGAAACUUUGCCAAGGAGACGUUUAUUCGUGCUCUAGUUGGUGCGGAUUUCCUUGGUAUGAAGCUGACUUUGGUUGGGGAAAGCCAUUCUGGGUGAGCUUAGUCAACUUCAAUAUUUUUGAAGUAAUUGUUCUAAUGGACACAAAAGAUGGUGAUGGAAUAGAAGCAUGGGUUAGUUUGAAGGAGAAUGAAAUGACUGAAUUCGAGAGACACCCUCAUAUUUUGUCCUCUACUUGA